GCUCUGUGCUGUCCAUAGGAUGCACUUUUAAAAUUAAUUUCGCAGUUUAAAUUUUGAGCUCCAAGUUGUGCAGCACAGGAAUACUCCAUGAAAGUCUGAGGAAUACGACGUGGAAGAUUUUAACCCGAUGGCAUACGCAGAAAAAAAUUGUGCAACGAUUUUCUGCAAGCCCUCUGCUAGAUCGCAACUUGCAAGCUCUGUGCUGUGGAGUGUUCGCUCUAACUUCGCUUUCAGGUGUAGCGCUCCUCCAAGUCUUCGAGUCCACUAUUUUUCUUCGGGACCUUUCAGAUAAGCAUGCAACUUGGUAGCCUUUCAAUUUUUUUUUCUUUUGCAUUCCGUUUGAAAUACAGGGUGCACUGAAAAAAAAUUCCAAAAAUAUUCUUCCGCUCAAAAUUAGCAUGGAUAAUGUGUCAGAACUUCACCGAAAGACGUAGUUAUUUACUGUUUACAAAAAUGCAAUUAAUCGAAAGUGCAGAUUUGCAAGUGUAGAGAUUCGUGGAUUUUUUGCAUUCUAUGCAAUCCAUUUUUUAAGUGCGGAAGUUGGAAUUUGAGAGAAAAAAACAAACAAUAAUAGUCUAAAUUUUGGCAAAGUGAAAAAUUGUUUUUGAAAGAAUUGUUAAACGCUUAUGAACAGUGGUAAAUAGUAUGCAGUGGAGAAGUUCCGCAAAAUAAAGCUUAGCAUUUGCAAUUUCUUUUGUGAUUUUUACUUUCCGCUGAGUGAACGUGAAGAGCUGCUAUCGUCGUGUUCAAAACUUCCGUCAAAGUUUUUGCAGUCUCGUUCACAGUGCGUGCAAUAAUACCACUCGCAUUUUAGCAUUGAGAUUACGCUGCAGGCGAAAGAUAAUUUUUUUUAAACUGAAUGGAAACAAUAACUUAAUAGUUAAAAAAAUUGGAUGUUAUAUACAAAAACUUUAUUUCUCGGAUUCGAGCUUUUAUUAGAAUGCUCUAAUCUAAAAGAGCAAAAAAAAAAAAAAAGUUAUUUCCGGAGGAAAAGUUUUGAUUCGAAGAAACUUAUCGUCGUCUGCUAGAGGCCGAACCGGCGACGGAAAGGGGAAACUGCUGCUGGUGUGUUCGAAAGUGAAUGAGUAGUAGCUCAGCUGAGAAAGGGAGGCGCACACCCACACGUCGUCGCAGAUGUCGCAGCAGCGGCUGAACACGUGAGGCGGCGUGACAGAGCAUUUACCCGUUUGUGUUUCGUUCCGUUUUCGAACUGGGAUGGCCGAAUGCCCGCUGCAAGAGCCCGAGGAUUUCGCCGACCAGCCUUCGACGAGCGGUAGCAGCUUCGCCGGAUCAAGGGACAGCCGCGACUCGAAGAAGGAACACACGUCUUGCUGUCACGUGGAGUGUUGCGGAAGAGGAGGCGGCGCGGGGGACAACAACGAGCACCACGAGCACCCUCCGGCGGCCGAGAUCGAAAUGAGGGAAAGAAUAUUUCCGGAGAAAAAGCCGAGCACUGGCUCACUGGGAGGCACCAGCGACGCGGCUCGUCCGAAGCACGUCAAGGUCCACACUCCCGGUAAGAAGAGUGCGAAGCCCACUGUCAAAAAGAAGUCCAUCCAAGCUGAUCUCGAUGUUCCGAGGGAAGUGCUAAAAUGCAAAGAAGAGUGUUCUGAACGGCUGGAUCUCAGCAAAUCAAAUAUCACGUCCCUGCCCGUGAGCGUGCGCGACCUGGUGCACCUGACCGAGCUGUACCUGUACGGCAACAAGCUCGCCUCGCUGCCCGCCGAGCUGGGCUGCCUCGUCCGGCUCAAGACGCUGGCCCUGAGCGAGAACGCGCUCACCGGACUGCCGGACGCGCUCGCGGCGCUCAAGCAGCUGCGCGUGCUGGACCUCAGGCACAACAAACUCAACGAAAUUCCAGAUGUUAUUUACGAAAUGACGUCUUUAACUACAUUGUACCUGAGAUUUAACAGAAUUAGAGAAGUUGGAGAAGACAUUGCCAAUCUUCAGAAUCUGACCAUGUUGAGCUUACGCGAAAACAAGAUUCGGGAACUCCCCAGGGGAAUCGGAAAACUUCGCAACUUAACCACUCUUGACGCCUCCAACAACCACCUAAAACAUUUACCGCCAGAAAUCGGAGAAUGUAUCCAGUUAUCGACACUCGACGUCCAACACAACGAGUUGAUGGAUAUUCCUGAAACGAUAGGUGGCUUGCAGUUCUUAUCCAGGCUUGGGCUUAAAUACAACCAGCUGACUGACGUGCCGAAGUCGCUGAGCAAUUGCAUCAACAUGACCGAAUUCAACGUAGAAAGCAACAUGAUGUCACAAUUGCCAGAAGGUCUGCUGUCGAGUCUUGUGAACCUGACGACCCUCACCAUUUCCAGGAACAGUUUCACUUCCUACCCAGUCGGUGGGCCAUCCCAGUUUUGCAACAUACACGCCAUCAAUAUGGAACACAACACGAUCAACAAAAUACCAUUUGGUAUUUUUUCUAGAGCCAAAAAUUUGACGAAGCUGAAUAUGAAAGAAAAUCAGUUAACCUCUUUGCCCUUAGAUGUCGGUUCGUGGGCCAAUAUGGUGGAAUUGAACCUCGGCACAAACCAACUGACUGUCAUUCCAGAUGACAUCCAGUUCCUGCAGAAGUUGGAAAUCUUGAUCCUCAGUAACAAUGCGUUGAAGAAGCUACCGUCGACCAUCGGCAAUUUGAGGAAGCUGACCAUACUGGACCUGGAAGAAAAUAAAAUUGAGACACUGCCAGAUGAUAUAUGUAAUCUGACAAACUUACAAAGACUAAUAGUUCAAAGCAACCGUCUUCAAAGACUGCCCAGCAAGAUUGGCCGACUUGCAAGUUUAACGUUAUUGAGCGCUGGAGAGAACUAUCUGGACAGCAUACCAGAAGGCAUUGGUCAACUCCAGAAUUUGGAAUCUUUAUACAUCAACGACAAUCCCAAUCUACACAAUUUGCCGUCGGAGCUUGCUCUAUGCACCAAUCUGCAAAUCAUGAGCAUAGAGAACUGCCCACUCUCUGAAUUGCCACCUGACAUCACGAUUGGAGGACCCUCCAUGGUUAUACAUUGGUUGAAAAUGGAGGCUCGGAUCAAGUGCGAGAGGCCCUUUUCGUAAGCCGCAAGAGAACAGAACAGGUAUUGUUUUGCCCACUUCGUUUGGAAAUCAGUGGCCAUUCGUAAAAGAAUGGAAGUUCUUGCAUAAAAGUUGGAAGUCGUCGCAAUAUUGCUCGACUACG